AUGGCGCUGCCAGAGGAUCACUGUGCAAGCCAAUAUAACGUCGGAACCCUAGACGCCAUCGCCGUAACCAUUGUCUGGCUCACAGUCUUCCGAUGGAUCCUCCUCGUCGCACUAGCAGACGACACUAACAUCCUCUUCUGUCGACCAAACCCAAAACGGCGCGGAUCAUCAAAACAAAUGGCAAUCCUCCACCACGCCCUCUUCAUCGCAUCCCCCAUCUACACUAUCGUCCAAGCCGCCAACUGUCGAGACCAUCUCAUGAAAGUUAUCAUCACCACCAUGGUGUUCCUGUUCAUGUAUGAGCAAAUCUUUAGCUUGGCCAAGGACCUUCUCAGAUUUGAUCCCCAGGGGCAAAUUUGUGGGAUCACGUUUCCGGAUAUCAUUGCCGUCGCUGCCGGGGCGGUUGCGAUUACCGAAGGUGGAUCGUGGCGGGUGUUUGGGAUUGUGAUCGUGGUCUUGUUCUGUUUGUUGUUAUUUGGCAACAGCUACAGUUUGGAAGGGGCGUUGUAUGUGCUGAGUGGACCGUCCGCUAUCAAGUUGAUGGUUCUCUACCCUGUCUUCUUGGCGAUCUUUGUCACAGCCCUCGUCAAAGACCACGGUCAAUGGAUCCCAAGGCCCUCGACGGUGGUGGAGUACGUUAUGCUCGUCACCAGAUGCAUCGCUGGAUUUGGUGGUGUCGAUAUUUUGGGAGCCAUUUGUAGCAAGAUUUAUCGCUACAUCGUCCCAGAAGUUGAGGAAUGUCCUGAUGUCGAGCCUGGGAUCAAUUGGCGUAGCGUUAGGGUUGAUCCUGAGCUUUUUUAG